CGUACAAAUUACAACAGCAUGAGUGUUCCUACAGUGAAAUGUGUAUCGUACGAUUGACGUUAUUACUGUUAAUAACCAUUGUGAAAAGUCAAGAUGAAAACGAUUAUUUCGAAUCGACGGACUCGGACGAAUUUUUCGAAACUACAACAAUGUCCCAGCUGAAAGAUGGAGAACAAAAAAUGAGUGAAUAUAUUUUGAAGGUCAUUGAACAUUACAAGCAACCAAAUCCCGAGGGACUGCCGGGUGUAGGAUCACAACCAUACAGCGUUCCAGAUUCAAGAAAAUCCGUGGGAUUAUUUAGCAGCAUAGAUUUUAUAGACACAGAGGUCUAUGGCAUUAACAAAUUUCGUGUUAUUUACGUUAAUCUUGACAUUGAAAAUAUGGAGGGACGCGCAGCCUUAGAAAUAGACAAUCUUCAUAUACGAGGAAGAUAUGCUUUAAAUGCUUUCCUCAAUUCCAACUACGGAGGUUUUACUGCAAAUAUUACUGGAAUUAAAAUCACUGCUCUAACAACCCUUGGCGUGGAACGAGACGGGAAACUAAGAGCCCAUGAUAUAACUAUGGAUGUAAAUUUCAAUAAUAUAGCGGUAAAUUUUGAGAACUCUGGCCUAUUAGUUGGUUUACUACAGGGACUCUUCAACUCCAUAGGGACAAUUCUAUUUGAAUCUAUUAAACCGAAUCUACUUAAAGAAGCUUACACGAACAUGAGGACGGAGAUUAAUAAAAAAAUUGAUCAGGUUGUCGGCGAUAUUGAGUUUCCGAAUACAAUUACACCGUUGGACAUGGUCAUUGUUGAUGCUCGCAAUAAAAUACGAGACGUCAAAAUGGACCCACUCAGAAUCGACGAUUACAAUACUAGCGCUGGUUGGGUAAAUAUUAACUUGAAAAAUACAUGGUUAUACGGUCUGUCGACGAUAAAUAGAGUGGGUAAUGUAAGUUUGAAGGUCGAGAAUAAAACUGUAGUCGCCGAUUUUAGUAUCGGUACAGAGGAGAUGUUAGGUUCUACCGAUUGGGAGAUUUCUGGAUGUAGAGGACUGAUCUCCAGUUUCGGGACGAGCUCCUUCUCAGUGAAACAUAUAAGGGGUCACUUUAUUCUCGUUCAACCAUUGGAUACCAGAAAACGAAUGAUGUUAAAAACUCUUGAACUCGAUGUCGGUAACGUACAACUCAGAUUCGACGGAGCUGGGACACUUGAUUAUCUAUUUGAAUUCUCCACUAAUAUACUUCCUAAUGUUCUGAGAUACCAAAUCGUUGACGCCAUACAGAAUCCUCUUAAAUGGAAGCUGCAGAGUGAGUUAGACCAGAUCGAUAUAGAAGAGGCCAUUAAAAAUGAGUUACCCAGAAUAGACAAACUGCAAGAAGAAGGCUUUCAGCUCGCGAUGCUACGUUUUAUUAAUAAGACUGGUGAUAAUUACGAUGAAGACGAAUUCUUUAACUUUUAAUUUUCAAACUAACAUAAUAUACAAAUUAUUAACAUUUGACAGUUAUUGGAAUAACUGUAUACUUUAAAGAUAUCCUGUUCCAUCGGAUUAUUCUUUAAUUUAUUUAUAAUAUUGUUUAAUCAGAAACAAAUUUGACAAAAUGAAUAACAUUUGUUAAAGUCAUAAACGAUGAAGAUUUGAAGGAAGGUACAAAAGUUACUAAAACAAAGUUGGCUAAAGCUAAACUUUAGCUAGUGAAUAAGGCUUGUGUCAUUUAAAUGAAGCUAAGAUUUUCGGAUGCGAGGCGUUUUUAUUUCGUAACUAAGACACUUUCAUCUCGUCAUUUUUAGAAAUUAUAAAAUCUUGUCUCAAAUUUAAUAUUAUUGUUUAUAUUAACGUAAAAUCAU